UAAGGUCUCGACCCCGAGCCCCACUGGGUGAUAGAGACGGGCAUCACCUCUGUCCUAUGCCAUAGCCUUGUCCCAGCAGGAGGUGCCUGCCUAGGCUCCGAGAGUGCCUGCGAGGAAGGGGUGCCCCCUUAAAAAUUACCCCCAACUCCUUCUACCCCGAAGUCCUUGGUGAGUGCUGGGUCUGCUGAUGGGAGAAGCUGCAGAAUUUAAGCCUAGAAGGUAGUCCUGACAGCGAGGGGGGAGGGGUUGGUGUAACCCAGAAGGAAUGCAAACCCUGUACUUUGUUCCCCUAUCCUUGGAACAAGAGACUUUCCAAAGUGGAUCAAAAUCUCCCCCCUCAACUUUGGGUUGAGGGCUCCUGGCUUCGGAUGCCUCUAGAGGGAAAGGUUAUAUGGGAGAGGUUCCGGUUCCAGCGCCGCCAAGAGGGCACUGGGGUUUGUUGAAAGGCACUGGAGCCCUCACCUGGACAUUGCAGGGAGCGGGGGGUUGAAGGUUGGGGACCGAAGGUAAGCACCCCUUUCCCUGGGAAUGCGCAGAUCACAGAGACGAGGCAGGGCGGUGGAGAGGACUGAUGGGAAGGGCUUGGUGGGAAACCCUGGCUCCGUCAGGACCCCACCCUGCGAGCUCUCCCUGGAACCCGGGAGCAGCGUUCUUCUGGCUGCCGGGCUGCGGAGAGCUGACCCGGCAUCCUGGCGCCUCCGAUCCCUUUGCCCGCCUCUGCGGGCUGCGGGAGGCGGGGGUUGGCCUGGCUGAGGGUGAGCGCAUCUGGGCCGGGGGAGCCAGCGAGGCCUCCGAGCUCAGCUGCGCAGGAUGAAGGAAGAGCGCAGAUCCGGAUCGCGAAUGGGAAACUUUGCGCCUCUGGGGUGUAGAGGGAGGUCCGAGGCCGCCGGGAGCCCUCUCUUCUCCGCAGAGGAGAGCACAAGAGGGUGGGUCCCUCUUUCCUCCUUCCAAGUCUGUGCCCAGAAUGGGGGGCGGGGUGCGAGAAGAGUCCGUGAGAGACGCAAGAGGCGGGCCGUGCCGGAGGAGGGCGCCCUUCCUGGGGGUGGCCCAGAGAGGUGCACCUGGCAGCGGCUUUGCAGGGCCACGUGCCUCGGAGGGCAGGGAGAGGAGCAACCUGGGCCGGCCUUUAUGAACGUACUGGCGGUCACUGCUCGGGGAGGGACACGGCCAGAGCGCCCUCGCCGGUUCUGCCCCAUUCGCGUGGCAGAGCAAGGGUGCCCGACGCUAGAGAGUCGGGUCUGGCAGGAGGAAGGAGGCCGCUGCCCCUCGCACUGGCUGGGCCGGAAGUCCUUGCCCUGGCUCCCCACUUCCCAGAAUCAGACCCUCCAGAGGAGAAUCCCACAUUUCUCGGGACUCCCGGGAGUGUUCUGGGGCGUUUUCAGCUCCUCCAGCCCCCGUGAACUGUGCCUGGGCACUUCUGGGAAGUCCUGCACUGGAGCCUGUGUAGUGGCGCCGGGCUGGGGGUGGAGGAGUGGUCCUCAGCCGCUGUUCAGCCCUGGGAAACGCUCCGCUGACAGCAGGGUGGGGGCGGCCCCAGUUAGGGGUAGCCCACGGCCCCAGCCGGGGGUCUCCGGGAUUGCGCGGGCGGAGGUGGGCGGCCCCGCCGGUUCUCUGGUUCUCUGUCUCCGCAGCCGCGUGUCAGCAGGUGGGUGGGAUGGAAGGGCUGUCUCCGCUGGGCCGUCGCAACCGCAGCGCCGAGACUGCGGGGGCUGUGAGCGCGCGAGCGGGUGUGACGACUUUAUAUAUUUAUCUUCCCUUCACACGCCCCCUUCCCGCCGGGCGGGGACUCUGGCGCGGUAGGGUUUCUUCUCCAGCCCCAACCGGGGGAGUUAAGGGUCCUAAUCCCUUGCAGGCUGCCCCGCCCAUGCCCCUCCAGCGGGGCCCCGCCCCUAGCCAUAAACUCCACCCCUCUUCCACCCACCAACCACCCUGCAAAUGGGAGUUUUUCAUUUUCGUGUUUUAAGUGCAGAGAGUAUUCGAGCUGGAGCGACCUCGGAGAUCACUCACUUCGGUGGUUUUGAAACUUCUGUAUUUUUCUUUUUCUUUAAAGUAAGAGAACCCGUUUGGAGGAAACAUUAUCACCCUCCUAAAUUCCCCAUACCUUGAGCAAGAUGAUAGGUCCGAAAGCAGAGCUGCCCUAGUGGAUGCUGGGAUGAGGCCCACAUCGAGCGCUUCUUCCACACAAGUCUUUCACAGCCUUAGACUGCUCCCUUCCUCCGCAGCUAAUAUCGUAGCUGGGGUUUUGUUUUUUCAGUAGCCCCGAUUAUAUGGAUCAGCUGCGAUGUGUCUAGCAGGAUGCUGGCUGCUGCUUCGCAGUCCUCAUUCAUGCUGCAAGAUGGAUUUAAGACCCUCUUUUCACAGACUAGGAAACUGAAGUUCAGAGGUUUAAGACUUGUUAAGGAGAGAAGUGCAGGCUCCUUCCCGCUCCCUCCUAGUUCUGCCCCGGGCUCAUCUUUCCUCCAAAUCUUCCCUCUCUCUGGCCACAAAGACUCCCUUGGGCAGGGCAUGUGAGCAAAGAAGGACCCAGGUCAUCUGAGUGAUGCCUCAGAUUUGCCUGGCUACUCUGAUAUUUCAGAGCGUUAGUCACACACUUACUUGAACUUCACUACACUCUCCCAAGAUGGGCAGAGAAGGGAAUAGGGGAAGGAGGUGGAGGAGUUUAGGGGACUUGCUUAGGUGCCUGGUUUAUAGCAGUGUGUGACUUCAAAGGCAGAGACCAACAAAAAGGAGGCUGGUUAGUUCUAUUAACUGGGUUUCCUGGGAUCUGCAGAGGUAUUUAACCUGGGCAGUUGACAGCCUGGCUUACCACCUUGCCCACCUCUGCUACAGCCCCAGGCCACCAGGAAUUCAUGUAUUCAUGCACCCAACAAAUGCUUAUUGUACACCAUGUGGCAGACACGGUGCUGAGCAUUGGGAAAGUGGCUCUGAGCUUGGUAGAGGAGUCCCCUGCCUCUAUGGUGUUUAAGGUCAGUGGUAAAUUGAUGCUUCAUUUAGAGGGAGGAAGGGGCUAUUAUCUCUCUCUGGCCCUAACCGAGCCAGGCAUCAUGCUAUGUGGUUUACCAUUCUUGUCUCAAUCAUUCUUGUCUCAUAGAAUCCUUACAAGCACCCUGAGAAAUAAAAUAAGGCCCAUUUUGUAGAUGAGGAAACUGAGGCUCAGAGAGGCUAGGUAACUUUGCCGAGGCUACCGAGUCGUUAAAUGGCAAGCAGGAAUUCAGAUACAGGGCUGUCUGACUCCCUGACCUGUGCUUCCUCCCUCCAUGCUCUGCUAUCUCCUGGUGAUAAUUUCCUGAGCCCCGGCCACAUGGAUGUGUCCAGUCUCCUGUCUGGAUGCCUGACUCCUUCCCAAACCCACACUGAAAUAGAAUCAUCCAGGGUGUUCAUCUGCACAGAUGGGAGAGGGAGUGUUCCUGAAAGCUAUUGCCAUCACCAAGAGAAUGAAUAGGCAUCUGCUGUGGGCAGGGCACAUCUGCAAAGAGCAAGGCCUAUGAGUGUGAUCCCCAUCCCGGGACACCGAGAGGCUGGGCAUGUUUCCGAAGAGAUGAAUGACAAUCUGUUUUGUCCAUCCUCCCUCUCUACCUCCUUUCCUCCCCCAUCCACUCCUGUUCCCUUCCCCUCUUUUUUCUUUUCUUCUUCUUUUUUCUUUUUUAAAUAAAAGGAGGUUCAGGAUCUUUUGUAUGUGGAGGAACUGGGAGUUUCAAAACCAGGUCUGAAGCAAUCUGGAGACAGCUGCUUUUUCAUCACUAGAAAGGGAGUACAGCAGCCCUUACUACCUGUAGGAGGGUGCAAAGCUGUUCAUUUCGAAUGAUAAAUGUCAGCGGUGGUAAAACACAUGACAUCACUUCCUAGGAGGUGUCCUUCUUUAGGAUGAAAUUCCAAGGAAGAUUGGGGUGGUGAGAUCCUUUAUGCUUUCAGUGAGCUCCAGGAGUGGAGGGGGCCCACGUUCACUAAGACCCCUGGCCAAGAUUCCAUGGACAGAGCAAAUAAAGGUAGUGUGUAUGGGGCUGGAGGUAUAGGCCCUCUUCAGCCACCUCUGCAGCCCAAAACAGCAGGAGAGACAGGUCGUGGGCAUGGGCAGGGGGUGGAUUGGGGGUGGGGUCUUUCUGAGACUCAGAUUUCAAUCCCCUCCCAGGAAAGGAACUUGGUGUUUGUCUUGUCCACCAGUCUUUAUUACAUCUCCUGGCCACGUACUAGAUUUGCUCUGGGAAAUCACCCCCACCCACCCCCACCCCCCAAACACAAAUUGCAUGACAUCUUGGUGAGUGAGACUACUGGGUAAGGCAUCCCCAAGGUGGGCCCUGGAAUCUGAAUAUUGAGCAGAGUGUCACAAAGACUGAGAAUCACUAGAAUGUCCCCCUUGCCAUUGGGACCCCCAGGAAACCAUCCUUUGUUGGUUUCCUGAGACUGAUAAUGAUGGGACCUACCUCCCAGGGUGCUGAGAGGGUGGAAUCAGGCAUUACAAGCAGAGCUCUUGGUUAGUCCCAUGGGCUCUGAUGCUUGUUACUAGUGUUAACCAUGGUAAUGAUGAGUACCUGCUGAAGCAGCCCCAGUCCUUGUGGUCCUCGACUUUUCCACAGUGUUCUCAUUGGUUACUUUUUUUUUGGCUUGAGUGUCCAGUGUUAAUUUCUGCUGCUUGCAAGGAAAGGAUCACAUGUGAUAACCUCCCUGGGUGUGAUGACUGGUGCCAGCCUUGGAGGUGCCAGUCAGUGCACUAUUGGUAAUGCACAGAGGAUGGUUCAUGGCUCUCUGGCUGGGGAUGACCAAUCCUCUGUCUUUCCCUGGAGUCUUGAGGCCCACUGAGCACAGUCUGAGACACAAGCUGUUCCCUGCUAGUAAAAUGUACAGAUGGAGCCAGUCUUAUUGUGAACUUCCAAUCCCCUGACCCACUAGACCGACCCUGCUCCACGCAGGCAGGGACCCCAUCUGGUUCUGCUCACUGUUGAGUCUUCUCCACAAAACACAUAGCAGGUGAUCAGUCAGGUUGUUUGUUUGGGUGAUUAGGCUACCUCUGGCCUUUCGACAUGUGCAUCCUGGUUUUGAAGAGGGCUGAGCAUGUGGCUUUUUAUUUCUAUGGAAAAUUGUGUGAAAAGGCUUAUAACGUGUGGCAUUGAGGCUGGACUUGCAGGUGGACUUCCUGGCAGCAAAGAUGUUCUGAUCCUGGAACUACAUUCUUUCUUUCUGAAGUUUUCAGAUAAUCAAAGUAGCAGAGGCCCUGACUAGACAUCUUAACUCUCUACCUGCUGGCUUCCACACCCAUUAUUCCAUUUAGAUCUCACAUCAGACAUGGAGACAGCUAGUCUUGUACCUGUUGAACAGAUGAGGGAAAAUGAAGCUCGGGAAGAUGAAAGGAUGGCAGUAGGCAGUGGCUGGACUGGAACCCAGAUUCUGUGGCUGCAAGCUCAGCCUUCCUCCCAUCCUCAACCUAUUGCUGGGCUUCAUUCAGCCCACAGGGGUCUGGCAUGAGACAGGUGAGUUUCCCAUGUGCUUACAGGCCAGUAAGCUUUGACCUGAAGUGUGCACUGUGAGCUGCGUGCUGCUGUAGCCACUUUGCUGAUGUGACUUCCUCCAUCCUCCACUGCUGUCCAGGUGGGUGUUAUAUCCCCAGUCCACAGGUGAGGACACUGACAUGCCCAUGGUCACACAGUUUGAGACCAGAACUCACUGUCUCCCCUGUCCCUACAGUCUUGUCCUGCUCAGAGAUUUCUGGCCUUAGCUUCUCCAUCCUUUGCCUCCUCCCCCACUUCCGCCCUUUCUUGGCUCAGAGAGCAGACAUCUGCCCUCAGCUAGCACAGCCCCUGGCUCCCUAUAAGGCUUUCUCCAAGUCUCUGCUCACCCACAUCCUCCCUCCACAGCCCCCCACCACACACACACACAGACUCAGGUGUGCCCUAAGCAUGUUUGCAGCAGCACUUUGGGCAACACUUUGAAAGCAGCCCUCCUCUGGGGCUGGAGAUAGUUGAGGGUAGUCUCCUUCCUGAACAGAACUCUUGAGGGUGAGCAUCCCUGCACCCCCGGCCCUGGCACCCGGCCUGGCUCUGAGCACAUAGAUCCUGAAGAUGUGUUUGUGUUUGUUGAAUGAAUGAAUGCUGUCUCCCCUGAGCCUGAGGUUUGGUUCAAACACCAGACCCAGGCUUGUUUCCUGGCCCUACUCAGUUGCCUCUGGAAGUACUUUCUGGUGUGAGAAUGUGUCCAUUGUCCUUCUCCAUUCCAUGGACCACUGUGGCAUCACAGCUGGCAUCUGGAGGAGGGGCCAACAUUGCAAGGUGGUGGGAAGACCAAGGGGGCUUUAUGUCGCUUCUAUGUUCUCCUUGGAGAGGGGACUGUCCUAGAUGGCCGAUGGUAGGGGGAUUUGGGAAGGUAAAGAAAGAAGGAAGGAGGGAGAGAAGGAAGGAAGAAAGAUGAGAAAGACGGGAGGGAGGGAGGGGGGAAGAAAGGAAGGAAAGAAGGAAAGA